AUGUUGUCAUCUGGCGGUGCCAUUGGAGGAGAUGAAGAAAAUGGUAGUUGGGUAGAGGAUUCGAAGUCACGCAAGCUCAACUCCAGGAAUUCUGAUGCAGAUUUGAUGAAGGAGAGGUUCGCAAAAUUGUUGCCUGGAGAAGACAUGUCAAGUUCUGGGAGAGGGGUUUGCACAGCUAUGGCUAUCUCCAAUGCUAUUACCAAUUCCAAUAUCAGUGGUAAGGCUCUCUCCUUCUCCCAUGGUGUAUGUAAAUCUCAACUCAAUGUUGACAUAUGA